UGGCAAUGAGUCAGCCUGGCGGCAUUAUAUAGCAGUAGGCGGGUGGCAACUCAGCUUCGAGCACGGCGUCCUUUGCAGUUUCCUCUCGCUGUGUUUUGUUAAGCAUCAGAGCUUCUCGGAACAAUGGUGUGGCAACCCAUGGAGAUCAACCCAGAGAUGCUGAACAAAGUGCUGACUCGUCUAGGAGUGAGUCCGAACUGGCGGUUUGUGGAUGUGCUAGGGUUUGAGGAAGAUUCCUUGAACUCGGUGCCCAACCCUACUUGUGCACUGUUGCUGCUCUUUCCCCUUACUGCUCAGCAUGAGAACUUCAGAAAAAAGCAGAUUGAAGAAACUAAAGGUCAAGAAGUGAACUCCAAAGUCUAUUUCCUGAAGCAGACUGCCAGCAAUUCUUGCGGCACAGUUGGCCUUAUACAUGCGAUAGCCAACAAUCAAGAUAAAAUAUCAUUUGACAAAGGCUCUGCCCUAAAGGAGUUCCUCAGUGCAACAGCAGAUCUUUCUCCAGAUGAGAGGGCAAAACGACUUGAGAAUAACAAGGCCAUUCAAGAAGUCCACAAUGCAGUAGCACAGGAAGGACAAUGCCGGGUUGAAGAUGAUAAAGUGAACUUCCAUUUCGUUCUUUUUGCAAGUGUUGAUGGCCACCUCUAUGAACUGGAUGGACGACUGCCUUUCCCCAUAGACCAUGGAGCUAGUUCAGAUAGUACCCUGCUGAAGGCCUCUGCAAAGAUCUGCCGGCAAUUCACAGAGCGUGAGCAAGGAGAGGUCCGCUUCUCUGCUGUAGCCUUGUGCAAGUCCGCGUGAAGAAGCUGAGAAGAACUAGUCUUGUAGCCCAACCCGAAAAGCAGAUAAAACCUUUCAAAGCUUUAGUACUUGUCCCAUGACAGCUGUUCUUGGUCCAGUUUAAAAAUUCUCUUGCUGAAACUGUUAGCACCCCUCCACACACACACACAGUAGCAGCUUCUGUGGCUCUUGUCCUAAAGGUUACGCUCAAAAUUUUCCACACUUCAGCUGCAUCAGACGUUGAGGCUCUCGACUUCUAAUGCAUUCAAGAACACUUUCCAUGGGGCUUAUUUGACUUGUGCCUCCCAAGUUUCAGUUGCUGUGAAUUACUGAAGACAUCACACGAAUAAACCUCUUCUUGCCUCUCAAAA